AUGGCCCAGCGACCCGACGCACCCCCAGAACGGGGGGGCAGGGGCAGGGGGCAGCCAAGGGGCCAGGGGGAGGCCAAGGCGGGGGCAGCACGGGGCAGCGGCACCGGGAGGGCCGACGGCGAGACGGCGGGCCUUGACACCGAAGCAGAGAAGGCGGGGGCGACCGGAGGAAGCUGGGAGGGGCACGGGGAAAAGGCCCCGCCAAGGGGCGCAAGAGACGGGGAGCGCUCACCGCCCCGGACAGCCCAGAAUCCGGGUCGCCACAAGGGGAGCGGGGGGAGAGGGCCCGGGGAGCUCAUCCAAAACCUGCAGCAGCGGGGGGGCGAGCGGUUUUGGGGCGGACCGGGCCAGGGAAGGGGAGACAGGUGGGGCAACCCCAAAAGGCCGAAGGUCCGCUGGGAAAAAAGCGGGACGGAGGAAGGGGAGGCCCCCCCCCGUGGGGAGCAAGGAUUUGGUUUUGGGGAGGCGUUUGCCGACCCGGGGGACGGGGCCCGGCGGGCGUUACCAGGGCCAAGCUACCCGGGGCCGGGAAAAAGAAGAGAGAAACCCCCAAAGGGCGGCGAGAGGCGGGCAAACGCGACCGGAGAGGGGCAUUUGGACGGGGGGGCGAGCGAAACGCAAGGGGGACCAUGA